AUGUUGGUGGUAUCCAUACUGCCCCUUGUCAAUGUUAAGAUAUUCCGUCGUAUUGUCUCGACGUUCCGAGCUGUAACACCCUUUCGGUGUCUAACUGCCAUUCUACCAGGAGAGAGCACGAGGGCUGGGAUACUGCCAGAUUGCCCAAGCCUAGACAGGGGGAGUCGAGAGGUAGAGGUCGGGUUCGAACCACUGACUUUCCGCACCGUUUCGGUGCCUAACUGCCAUGCCACCAGAAGGAAGCACGAUGGCUGGGAUACUGCCAGGUUGUUCAAGCCUAGGGGAGGGAAGUCGAGAGGCAGAGAUCGGGCUCGAACCAAGGACCCACCGACAACGAAGCGUGCGUAG